AUGGAUCCAAAAUAUGAUGACAACGGAACGGCCGACAACUCUCGUCCUGUGCUGAACCGCCAAGUAUCCAAUAUCUCAGAUCUCGCCAUGGACACUGGGAGACCUCAAAAUGGAUUAAACACUUCACCGCGAAUACGGCCAAGACACUCGCUUGUUUCUUUGCCUUCCAUGGCGUCGCCUCGGCCGACGCAAGAUUUAUAUACCUCCCAGCAGCAGCCACCCCCGCUGCCUUCUCAGAUUCUGACUCGACAAGACACUUCCCAAGGACGAAAAUUGUCCUCUGGUCCUGUCGAGAUCCAAAACUCCUCUCAGGCGAGCCUACCUAAUACCAGUUACUAUAAUGAGAGCCAAAAUAGCGUCGCAUCUCAAACCAUGGCCGAUUCGACACCCCGGCUUCCCUUGCAGUCACCAAGCGUCAUACCUGAGGGCGCCAAGUCGUAUAGGAGGCAUCAAGAGCCCACAAUACAUGAGGAAGACAAAACACCUAUAGACAUCACAUCGAUACAGUUUACUGGCUUCAGUGGCGACCCCACAAAGUCUCCGGGGCUUUCGAGGCCGACACCCGAGCCAUCACCACUCCUGGGACAAGAUGGCAUGGGUUUUGACUUGUCCACCGCCGCCGGUCUUGGGCCGUGGUCGCAUAGCCAGGAAGACAACCUGAGAGAGGUUUCAGCCGAGCAAGGGGCUCGUUAUGGUUCUCUGGCAGGCGGCCUCGGCUCCGGCUUCCGGGCCGAUGCGACAAUCAGAGAAGCCGACCUGGUGCUUGCCGCACCCCCCAUCUCCAACAAAAGGGAACCUCUGUCCUUCUCCAAGCAAGUUUCUGCAAAGCUGAGCCGGAUGAAGACGGUCAGGCUUGCCCAGAGCGAGGCCAACAGGCGCGACGAGAUCAUCGAGGUCAUCAUGGAGUGCCCGCCGAAGCAAGGCCCCGACACAGCGAACUUCGACAUGAGUGACAUGGGCGGCCCGUCGUCACUGGAGGAUUUGAAGAGUCCCUUCCAGCCAGGGAUGCGCAAGACGACAUUUCCAACCAAGGACGAACAGAAGACGCAGCUGUUUUAUCCACAGCCGAACUGGAGACCGUUCGUCAUGCGCGGGCCAUACAUGGGCUAUCUCAUUCUUCUCGCCCUUGGAAUGGGCAUUGGGACUGAGCUCUUGUACCGUCAGUCGGUGGAGCAGCCCCUACUUACUUUCAAAUCGCCCGAGGACUUAUCUGCCGCAACGUACCUUACCCUCAAGUUUGGGCCGACCAUAGUAUCUGUCGUUUUUGGUGUGCUCUGGCAGAUGACAGACAUCGAGGUCCGGCGACUCGAGCCAUUCCAUCAGCUCUCUAAGCCGGAGGGUGCACUGGCACAAGAGUCCAUCAGCAUAGACUACAUCACAUUCAUCAGCUUCUUCCGCCCCUUUCGAGCGCUGCAAUAUCGUCACUAUGCCGUCUUUCUCUCCUCGGCCGCAUCGCUGCUGGCCACCACCCUCGUCCCAACCCUGGGCGCUGCCUCGAUCGUCAUGAAGCCUGACAGGGAGGAGAGACUUGCCAACCCAGGGGUGCAGAAAACAAUCAUUAUCAACCCCGUCUGGGCGCGCUGUCUUACCAGCGUUCUCGUGAUCGUAGCAGUUUUGGGUGGUGUUUUGCUUUACGUUCUCAAUACCAGAAGGUCAGGACUUAGUGCGGAUGUCAAAGGCAUCUCGGGGCUGGCCUCCAUGGCUGUUGUUAGCCACAUUCUGAUGGACUUUCAAGAUAUGGACACUGCGCAGCCCCAGGAUAUCCAUCGCCAACUCAAAAACAGGCGGUAUGCUAUUCGCAACUCGUCGCUAGCGCCCAUGGACAGCCAGCCGGUACCGCGGCGAAGAACAACGACCCCUCAAGACAGCAGCAGCACCACCACCACCACCGGCAGCGACAACAAUGCCAACGGCCUCUCGCAAAACCCACAUCCACUCAUGCUGCGAGCCGAAGGCUGCGUCCCCUUGAUCGGCGCCAUUGUGGUGUUCUUCAUAUUGGUUUACGUGGUAAUCUUCGUCAGCGAAGCCAUGGUUAUCACGGACCGCGCACCCUGGAUCAUCACAAUGUUGGCGGUCACCAUCAAGAUGGGCUGGGGUGGGCUCGACGCGGAUCUGCGAAUGAUGGAGCCCUACCACAUCCUGUGGCGCCGCCACGCGCCGCCAAAGACUCUAACGCUCGACUACACGGCCAUGCCCGUCGGCUGGGUGGCUGUCAAGGGGCUUUUUAAUCGGCACUUCCUCAUCUUCCUCGUCGGCCUCGGCACCGUCAUGUCCGAGGUUCUCACCGUCCUCGUUACCUCGCUGGCCACCGUAUCCGGUCAGGACUUUUUGAAGCACAAUCCUGUGCAGACGAUGCAGCCGAAGGUCAGCCUCGUACUGGAUGACGAUGAAGAGGGGGGCCGCACCGUCAAAGCCGGGCAGGAGACCCAGAGCUCAUUCUUCACCACUCUGGCCGCCGUCUCAUUCAUCCUCAUCUACAUGGCCAUAGUGGCGGGCGUAGUGGCCGUCAAGCGUGGACGGCCGUUUUUGCCUCGCCAGCCAAACACAAUUGCAAGCGUGCUCGCCUUUAUCCACCAGAGCAAGAUGGUAUACGACUUUGUCGGAACCAGCAAGUUCAACCGGAACGCCAUGAAGAAGCGGCUGGCAGAGGUUGGCAAGACCUACGGAGUCGGUUGGUUCACGGGACGCGACGGUCAGACGCACUGCGGUGUCGACGAGGAGGAGCUCCUGGGCGACUUUAUUCCAGGCUAUGGGCUUGGGGAUACCAAACAGCCAUGGGUGGCUGUCUGA